CCUGUUGGGGUGUCCUAGGCCCCACCCCAGAGCUGGGCACUUCCCUCCCUGACACAGGGACCUGGAUCCGCUCUGCCCUGCCAGAGGCAGACAUGGUGCCCCUGCUGCUGCUGCCCCUGCUGUGGGGGGGGUCCCUGCAGCAGCCGCCAGGCUAUGAGCUCCGAGUGCAGGAAUCGGUGACGGUGCAGGAGGGUCUGUGUGUCCAUGUGCCCUGCUCCUUCUACCCGUGGAGUUUGGGGUCUUCCUCUACCAAAGUCUACACCUACUGGUACCGGUACAAGGACAACAUAAACCAUCCUGUGGCCUCGAGCAGCCCAGAUAAAGAAGUGAAGAGUGAGACCAAAGGCCGCUUCCUCAUCGCGGACCCGACAACCAACAACUGUUCCCUGCAAAUCAGAGACGCCAGGAGGAGUGACUCAGGACGCUACUACUUCCGAGUGGAGAGAGGAAAUUCUGUGAGAUAUAGUUACUUACAUAAGAUGCUGGAUUUGCAGGUGACAGCCCUGACAGAGAGACCCCACAUCCAUGUACGGGAGCCUCUGGAGUCUGGCUGCCCCACACAGCUGGCCUGCAGCCUGCCAGGGGCCUGUGAAGGGGGACGACCUCUCACCUUCUCCUGGGCGGGAGCCGCUGUGGACUCGCUGGACCCCCAGACCCUCCCCUCCUCGGUGCUCACCUUCACCCCGAGGCCCCAGGACCAUGACACCAACCUCACCUGUCAGGUUCAAGUCCAAGGAUCUUUGUUGGCCACGCAGAGAACCAUUUGGCUCAAUGUGUCCUACAGCCAGCCCUUCAGCAGAUGUGUGACUGAGGAGCAGCAGGGCUCCUGGCCCCUGGUCCUCACCCUGAUCAGAGGGGCCCUCAUGGGGGCUGGCUUCCUCCUCACCUACGUCCUCACCUGGCUCUACUACACCAGGUGUGGAGGCCCCCGGAACAGGAGGCAGAGCUCCUGAUGGAUCCUCCCUUCCUCUCAAGAUGUUACUGAGGUGUGGACACCAGGCUAGAGGGACCGUCCUGGGACGUCAAUGUCACCAUCUCCCUGGAAGCUCUUGACUCACCUGCCUCCAAUGUGCCAGUGGGGUUUCAGUGUGUGGAAGUGACUGAGUGACCACAAGGGGAGUCAGUGCCAUGGAGAGAAGACUUUUCCUCCUUUCACCUCCUGAGAGGAGGGCCCGCUGUGCCCGGGAAGCCCCGGAUUUCCUCAGGAAGCAGAUGCAGGUGCAGAGCAGCCUAGCGAAGGCCUUGAUUGGGUUUCCCAUGGGAAACACAAGGCAGGGCAGGGUGAGCAGUUCAGGACCAGCUGGUGUGUGUCAGUCUGGGGGAUGGGCCUGUGGGCGUGGUCUCCAUGUGUCUGGUCCCAGGUGCUGGGUGAUUGGGGGCAGGUGGGGAGGCUGGGAAUAUGGGCUCAGGUUGGGUUGGUUUGCAUCUGAAAUUCUUUGCUGUCUCUGAGAAUGGGCGGGCCCUGGGAGGCCCUGUGUCUCCUUGGCUUCCAAUCUGCUUAAUGGCUCAAAACAUCCUGAGAUACAGAAAUAAACAAUAAUACACACCCA